CUGUGGACCCCAAAAAGCUGGAAGAUAAGGGAAGCUUCCCCUGGGUCACGUGACUCUCUUCAGUCCAAGUGGCCAGGGUCCUUGGAGUGAUAGCCUCUAGACACUCCACCUGCAGCCCCGAGGGUCAGGGAGAGGGCACGCUUAGAGGCGCAGGCCCUCCCCCGAAGCUAUAGUGAGACGCUCAGGCGGCUCAGCCUUUUACUCCCAGCCCCACUGGUGCGGGCGUCUGGCUGUGCCCGAUGCCGUGUGACCCCUCUCUGGAUGUCCUGCGCUGGGGAGGAGCUCGCCUCCUCCCAGGAAACCCUUGGUCUGACCUGCCUCUGCUUGAAACCCAAACUCACUCAGCCCCAAAGCUCAGGCCUGUUAUUCAGGGUUUGGGACUCCGCUGGGCUCAGAGAGGCCAGCAGCUGUCCCGGGUCACACAGCCACAGGGACAGGACCAGGAGCCAGCCCUCUUCCCACCUGGACAGGUUCCUGUGCCUUUAAAGCCUUCCCCCACCCCAGGCCAGGACAGGGAGGAGGGGAGGAGCUGGGCCACAGCAGGGCCCUGGGACUCAGUCCGGUGCUGGAGUGUAGCGGGAGGACCAGCCCUGGAGCCAGGGUGGGCAGCAGGCGAAAGCGACCCCAACUCUGAUAAGCUUCCUGUCCUGGGCUGUGGACAGGGGUCAGGAAGCCGCUGAGAGCCGGGUCCUCUCUCGUUCCCGAGAACCAUGAAGAAGCGUUUCGUGGCGGUGGCCUUGACAGCUAUCGUACUGGUGCUUGUCAUCAUUGGCCUCUCCCUCUGGCUGCCCACCUCCAGGCCGCCCAGCCACGUGUACCCCAGGGCGGCUGUGGCCGCGGACGCCAAAGUCUGCUCGGAGAUCGGGAGGGACGUGCUGCAGGAGGGCGGCUCGGCGGUGGACGCCGCCAUCGCGGCCCUGCUGUGCGUGGGGCUCGUGAACGUGCACAGCAUGGGCAUCGGGGGCGGCCUGUUCCUCACCAUCUACAACAGCACCACGCGCAAAGCAGAGGUCAUCAACGCCCGGGAGGUGGCCCCUGAGCUGGCCUCCCCCGACAUGUUCAACAGCUCGGAGCAGCUGCAGCAAGGGGGGCUGUCGGUGGCGGUUCCUGGUGAGAUCCGAGGCUACGAGCUGGCGCACCAGCGCCACGGGCGGCUGCCCUGGGCUCGCCUCUUCCAACCCAGCAUCCAGCUGGCCCGUCAGGGCUUCCCUGUGGGGAAGAGCUUGGCGGCAGCCCUGGAGCAGAGCCGGGAGAUCAUUGAGCAGCAGCCCGCGAUGUGCGAGGUGUUCUGCCGGGAUGGGAAGGUGCUGCGAGAGGGGGACAGAGUGACCAUGCCGCGACUGGCUGACACGUACGAGACGCUGGCCUCCCAGGGCGCCCAGGCUUUCUACAACGGGAGCCUCACGGCCCAGAUCGUCAAGGACAUCCAGGCGGCUGGGGGCAUUGUGACGGCCAGGGACCUGAACAACUACCGGGCGGAGCUGAUUGAGCACCCGCUGAGCAUCAGCCUUGGGGAUGCCCAGCUCUACGUGCCCAGUGCCCCGCUCAGUGGGCCUGUGCUGGCCCUCAUCCUCAACAUCCUCAAGGGGUACAACUUCUCCCGGGCGAGCGUGGAGACGCCCGAGGCGAAGGGCCUGACCUACCACCGCAUCGUGGAGGCCUUCCGGUUCGCUUAUGCCAAGAGGACCCUGCUUGGGGACCCCAAGUUUGUCAACGUGACUGAGGUGGUCCGAAACAUGAGCUCCGAGUUCUUCGCUGCCCGACUCCGGAACCGGAUCUCGGACGACACCACUCACCCAGCCUCCUACUACGAGCCUGAGUUCUACACUCCAGACGACGGGGGCACCGCCCACCUGUCCGUGGUUGCCGAGGAUGGCAGCGCCGUGUCGGCCACCAGCACCAUCAACUUAUACUUCGGUUCCAAGGUGCUCUCACAGGUCAGCGGGAUCCUGUUCAACGACCAGAUGGACGACUUCAGUUCCCCCAACAUCACCAACCAGUUUGGGGUGCCUCCCUCACCAGCCAACUUCAUCAAGCCAGGGAAGCAGCCACUCUCGUCCAUGUGCCCAGCAAUUAUCGUGGACCGGGACGGCCGGGUCCGUAUGGUGGUGGGUGCCUCAGGGGGCACCCAGAUCACCACAGCAACAGCGCUGGCCAUCAUCAACAGCCUGUGGUUUGGCUACGACGUGAAGCGGGCAGUCGAGGAGCCCCGGCUGCACAACCAGCUUCUGCCCAACACCACAACCGUGGAGAAGCACAUCGACCAGGCAGUGACCACAGGCUUGGAGACCCGGCACCACCACACCCAGGUCAAGUCCACCUUCAUCGCUGUGGUGCAGGCCAUCGUCCCCACGGCUGGUGGCUGGGCGGCCGCCUCAGACUCCAGGAAAGGUGGGGAGCCUGCCGGCUACUGAGUGUGUGGAGCAGGCGGGGCUGAGCGGCAACCCAGUGACAAGAUGCCUACGCAGGACUGAGACUUUGGGGGUUGGGCUUCUCCCGGGAGCGGUGAAGCAGUGCAAUAAAUGGGGGCCACCGCGCUAGGUGCUGGCUGGCUCCCAGUUUUCUGGGCCUC